GUGCCCACAGAGCCGCUGCCCACCAUGGAUAUUGCCAUUCAGCACCCCUGGUUCAAACGCACCCUGGGCCCCUUCUACCCCAGCCGGCUGUUCGACCAGUUCUUCGGCGAGGGCCUCUUCGAGUACGACCUGCUGCCCUUCCUCUCCUCCACCAUCAGCCCCUAUUACCGCCAGUCCCUCUUCCGCACCGUGCUGGACUCCGGCAUCUCUGAGGUCCGAUCCGACCGGGACAAGUUUGUCAUCUUCCUGGAUGUGAAGCACUUCUCUCCCGAAGACCUGACGGUGAAGGUGCAGGAGGACUUCGUGGAGAUCCAUGGCAAGCACAACGAGCGGCAGGAUGACCAUGGCUACAUCUCCCGCGAGUUCCACCGCCGCUACCGCCUGCCUUCCAACGUGGACCAGUCCGCACUCUCCUGCUCCCUGUCCGCGGACGGCAUGCUGACCUUCUCUGGCCCCAAAGUCCCAUCUGGCGUGGACGCCGGCCACAGCGAGCGGGCCAUCCCCGUGUCCCGGGAGGAGAAGCCCAGCUCUGCGCCCUCAUCCUAAGCUCGGCCUCGGCCUCGGCUGCCACCCGCUGCGGCCCCCGCACCCACCCAUCUAGGGGACCCUAGAAAGUGGGGCAUCCGUCUCCCUCUGCUUCCCCCUUCUCCAGUUCCUUUUCCUCUUCUCCGAGGGCUUGAGGGUUUGAGAGAGUAGCCCGGAGGGCCCAGGGCCUCAGCCUGUGGUGCGGAGGCCUCAGAGUGACCCGGGUCCCAGCACCAGCCCCUCGGGGGAAGUG